AUGGGUUUCAACCCUUCACAAUUCCUUUUUGUUGACGCUUUUUGGGCAUUGCCUGCAAUAAGCAAAUCAACAUGGAAAAGGAAGAUGGAGGUUUAUGAGAAGUGGGGUUGGUCCAAGGAAGAAACAAUGUUGGCUUUUACAAAACAUCCGGGUUGUAUGACGGUAUCCGAGGAGAAGAUAAUGGUGAUGCUGAAUUUUUAUGUCAACACAACGGGUUGGCAGUCUUCUGUAAUCGCCCAUCGUCCAAAAUUAAUGUCACCGAGCUUGGGUCAGAGGAUAAUUCCCAGGUGUUCAGUACUUCAAGUUUUGUUGUCCAAAGGUUUGAUCAAGAAACCCGUUAGCUUACACAUAUUACUGGAGUCCACAGAGCGUAUGUUCCUCCACAAGUUUGUGACUUGUUAUGAGGAAGCUCCUCAGUUGUUGAAGCUAUAUCAAGAAAAAUUUGUCCUUUCCAAAUCACACGGUGAUGAUGAUUAUGAAGGUAAGAGUGGAACAGAUCAGUUGUAG